UAAGUUCCAACGGAAGCCUAACGAACACCGUCAUCUAUUUCGGUCGGGCCAGCUCUCUGCUGUCCCCCUGAAUUAGGGUUUUUAGCCAAAUCUUCUUCCCAGGCAAUUGACUUGAUCUUCCUUGAUCAACUUAAGGGCGGUGAAUCAACGGUUCCUCGUUCCCCUGAUCAGUAUCUUGGCUUGCGUAAUUCAAGUUUUUGGUAAAGGCUCAGUGUUAUCGCAGUUUGGUCGAAGGGCUGAGGAGGGGAGAGGUUACGGGGAAAAAUGGCUGGAGGGAACUUUAUGGGCAGAGUGAUGCAAUAUCUUGUUAAUGAGUUAGUCGUCAAUGGGCUCGCCAAUAGCCCUGCUUUUCAGAGAUUUGCCGUGAGGACAUCAAAGAGAAUGGAAGAGGUGGCUAAUAUAGCUGCUCAAAAGAAAAAAGAGAUCGCUGAGAAGGUGAAGGAUUUGUCUGAAGAAUUGGAGUCUCGUCGAGGCCACUAGAAGGCUUCUCUGCAACUUAUCUGCAUGGAGUGCUUUUUUGCUUCUCUUGCCGCUCAAGUAUUGUAAAGAUGUAUUAGCAAUUUUUGAAUUUUUGAUUUUCAUGUUCAAAAACUUAUGGCAUGUCUUGGAUUCUUGAGAUGCUGUAUGAACCUUUUGAAUAACACAGAGGAGUAGUAGAGACAUCUCAUUCUCGAAAUUCCUUUCCAGUUCAAUCA